AUGUACGUUCUCUCUGCUUUGCGUCUUGUCUUUCCGGCCCUUACGGCGGAUCGUCAAUUUCACGAGCGGCCUUCGCUGGCGCGCUAUUCGUCUCCUCCAAGCAUCAAAUUCCUGCUCACCACGCUGCGGAUUUGCUCAGUGGGCAGAACACAGCACAACGGGAUGGCUGACCACAUACGUCCCGUGAAUGAGGGUCGGUCGGCCCAGCUGGACCAGCCUGGCCUUGAGGCAGUGCCAAUUCGACACUCCACCCUGCCGAUCCCGUACGACCCCACGGAGAAGUCAGCGUGGACCUCACACCAGUCAUACCCCGACGCCCCCGCUACCCCAUUGAAAAGACGACGAAUUCUUGGUCUUACUGUGCCUGUUUUCUGGUCCCUCGUUACCGCUCUGGUUGUCAUCCUGGCUGGAGGAAUGGCCGGAGGGGUUGCGGGUGGGUUGGCGGCACAGAAAGCCAACAGCAGCUCGGCGGCCGCUCCGUCGCCUUCAGGCACGGCCGCAGUCGUGUCUCGGCCGAUACCCACAGCCUCCGAGGCGGGUUCCGGCUCCGGCUCCGGCUCCGGCUCCGGCUCCGGCUCCAUACCUCUCGCAUCUACCGCGGCGUCGUCCGCAUACAUUCCGCCACCAACCGGCGUCCGCCCCGCCCCGACCGACGACGGCUGCCCUAACAUCAACCGGACCAGUUACACGCCGACCGACGCCAACGGCGACUCGGUCAAGGUCGGCUCCAACUCGGCCCUGGUUUUCCGGCAGCUCUGCGAGGUCAACUACCCGUCCAGCGCCGAGCUCGGGAACCCGAAUCUCUACGACGUCUUCAAGGUUCUACGUCCCGAAUUUCCGGGAGUGCAUGGACCUGUGCGCAGCGCGUACAGCGGCAACCUCGCCUCGGGCAACGUGGCGGGCGGAGGCUAUUGCCGAUCCGUCGCCAUGAUCAAGCUCCCCGGGGAGUACUGCUAUCUGAAGAACGGGACCGGCGAGACCAGCAAGAUGGAUACUCAGGGACACCCUUAG